AUGCCUCGGACAAGUGACGGCAACAAAAAGCCGCCCACGGCGGCCGUCAACCUCAUCGCCGGAGGUGGUGCCGGCAUGAUGGAGGCCCUCGUUUGCCAUCCCCUCGACACAAUCAAGGUGCGCAUGCAGCUCUCGCGGCGCGCGCGACAGCCCGGCGCCCCCAAGCGCGGCUUCGUCAAGACGGGCGUCGAGAUCGUCAGGAAGGAGACGCCCCUCGGCCUGUACAAGGGCCUGGGCGCCGUGCUCACGGGCAUCGUCCCCAAGAUGGCCAUCCGCUUCACCUCGUUCGAGUGGUACAAGCAGCUCCUGGCCGACAAGAGCACCGGCAUCGUCUCGGGCCAGGCCACCUUCUUCGCGGGCCUCGCCGCCGGCGUCACCGAAGCCGUCGCCGUCGUCACCCCCAUGGAGGUCAUCAAGAUCCGCCUGCAGGCCCAGCACCACUCCAUGGCCGACCCCCUCGACGUCCCCAAGUACCGCAACGCCGCCCACGCCCUCUACACCGUCGUCCGCGAGGAGGGCUUCGGCGCCCUGUACCGCGGCGUGAGCCUCACGGCCCUGCGGCAGGGCAGCAACCAGGCCGUCAACUUCACCGCCUACAGCUACUUCAAGGAGUGGCUCAAGGAGUGGCAGCCCCAGUACGAGGGUGCCAACCUGCCCAGCUGGCAGACCACCCUCAUCGGCCUCGUCAGCGGUGCCAUGGGCCCCCUGAGUAACGCUCCCAUCGAUACCAUCAAGACGCGCCUGCAAAAGACGCCCGCCGAGCCCGGCGUCAGCGCCUGGACGAGGAUAGCCCGCAUCUCCAGUGACAUGUUCAAGCAAGAGGGCUUCCACGCCUUUUACAAGGGCAUCACGCCGCGCAUCAUGCGUGUCGCCCCCGGCCAGGCCGUCACCUUCACCGUCUACGAGUACCUUAAGGAUAAGCUGGAACGCAGCAACAUCGCAUUCGUCGGUGGUCAGUUUGAGGAGUAG